UUAGACCCAAUUGACGAGAACAUCGACGAUGAGACGUUGGCGGAUAUGUUCGGAGAGCCUCCGAUAGGCGCUCUUAUCCUUGCUACUCAGGCCGUUGAAAGAGCUUUUUUAGCCUGGCGGACAGGUGUGAAGGUUCUUCCCGACCGCAGGAACCAGGCGGAGUGGUUUUCUGCUGACAAUUGGGCCGACUAUGAGGUCUUCACAGACGGCGACCGUGCGAAGAAGAGGAAGAUCCCACGCUCGAGCAUCUAUGUGAAGACCAUGCAGCGUCUCAAGCCACGCGACUGGUUGUAUAUUGUCAACAAGAGCAUUAGGCUGCGGGAGGAAACCAACUUGCAAGCAAAGCGCAAGAAGACCGGAAGGCGUGCAAUGGCGAACGAGGAUUUAAUAAGCGACGACAACUCGGAUGCGGACUUCGAAUGGGUCAGCGAGUCUAGCGAUGACGAACGGCCAGUACCCUAAGACUCCAGCCAAUAACAGGUGACAUUGCCA